GCGGCCGGGUUUGUGGCUUCAGGGCUCGGAGAGAGAGAGGGAAGGUGGCAAAGAGAGUGAGUCGGUGCCGCCGCCUGCCUAAGGAGAGAGGAGGGGUCCUGCUUGCCUGCGCCCUUCGCGGGCCGAGAGCGCGAGGCACCCGCGAACCUCUGAGGCCUCCAGCCCCUGGGGACCCCGCCCCGCCGGCCGGCCGGCCCGGGGCCUCUCUUCCCUUUGUGAGCGCCCCCUUCCCAGGGGUGGUGGUGGCUGAGGGCUGUGCGUGGGCCCGCCCGCCGAGGGGCCGCGGCGGGGGACCGAGAGGGCCUCGGCUGUGUGAGGACAGGAGGCGGCCGAGGCCCGGGCCGGUUCCCCCGAGGCGGCGGCGGCGGCUCCCGGCACUUCCCCGCGCCAUCUUAGCUGAGUCCAAGCGCUGAGGGCGCCUCCUCGACCCCGGUCGUCCCUUCGCCCCCCCCCCCCCCCGCCCCUUGUCGCAGAGCUUGGGCUGGGCGGCUGCUGGGGCUCCGGGGGGGGGGCGGCGGUCUGUCGCCUGGCCCCCUCCUCCUCACUCCUCGCCCUCCAGCGUAGCGGCUACCUAAGCGCUGCAGGGGGCUGCGGCUGCCUACUCCGCCCCAGACCUGUCGGCGAAAGGUUUAUGCCAGCGUGGCUUCAUUCAUACAGAUGAACCAAGGAUUGGGAUAGCAAUAUAAAAUUAGAAUCAGACAGCUGAUUGCCCAGCAGGAUGCCAUCAACUAACCGUGCGGGCAGCCUGAAGGACCCUGAAAUUGCAGAGCUCUUCUUCAAAGAAGAUCCAGAGAAGCUCUUCACAGAUCUCAGAGAAAUUGGCCAUGGAAGCUUUGGAGCAGUGUAUUUUGCACGAGAUGUGCGCACCAAUGAAGUGGUGGCUAUCAAGAAAAUGUCUUAUAGUGGAAAGCAGUCCACUGAGAAAUGGCAGGAUAUUAUUAAGGAAGUCAAGUUUCUACAAAGAAUAAAACAUCCCAACAGUAUAGAAUACAAAGGCUGCUAUUUACGUGAGCACACAGCAUGGCUUGUAAUGGAAUAUUGUUUAGGAUCUGCUUCAGAUUUACUAGAAGUUCACAAAAAGCCAUUGCAAGAAGUGGAAAUAGCAGCAAUUACACAUGGUGCUCUCCAGGGAUUAGCCUACUUACAUUCUCAUACCAUGAUCCAUAGAGAUAUCAAAGCAGGAAAUAUCCUUCUGACAGAGCCAGGCCAGGUGAAACUUGCUGACUUUGGAUCCGCUUCCAUGGCAUCUCCUGCCAAUUCUUUUGUGGGAACGCCAUAUUGGAUGGCCCCAGAAGUAAUUUUAGCCAUGGAUGAAGGACAGUAUGAUGGAAAAGUAGAUGUAUGGUCUCUUGGUAUAACGUGUAUUGAACUAGCGGAAAGGAAGCCUCCUUUAUUUAAUAUGAAUGCAAUGAGUGCCUUAUAUCACAUAGCCCAAAAUGAAUCCCCUACACUACAGUCUAAUGAAUGGUCUGAUUAUUUUCGCAACUUUGUAGAUUCUUGCCUCCAGAAAAUCCCUCAAGAUCGCCCUACAUCAGAGGAACUUUUAAAGCACAUGUUUGUUCUUCGGGAGCGCCCUGAAACAGUGUUAAUAGAUCUUAUUCAGAGGACAAAGGAUGCAGUAAGGGAGCUGGACAAUCUGCAGUAUCGAAAGAUGAAGAAACUCCUUUUCCAGGAGGCACAUAAUGGACCAGCAGUAGAAGCACAGGAAGAAGAAGAGGAACAAGAUCAUGGUGUUGGACGGACAGGAACAGUGAAUAGUGUUGGAAGUAAUCAGUCUAUUCCCAGUAUGUCCAUCAGUGCCAGUAGCCAAAGCAGUAGUGUUAACAGUCUUCCAGAUGCCUCGGAUGACAAGAGUGAGCUAGACAUGAUGGAGGGUGACCACACAGUGAUGUCUAAUAGUUCUGUCAUCCAUUUAAAACCUGAGGAAGAAAAUUACAGAGAAGAGGGAGAUCCUAGAACAAGGGCAUCAGAUCCACAAUCUCCACCCCAAGUAUCUCGUCAUAAAUCACACUACCGUAAUCGAGAACACUUUGCUACUAUACGGACGGCCUCACUGGUUACAAGGCAAAUGCAAGAACAUGAGCAGGACUCUGAGCUUAGAGAACAAAUGUCUGGCUAUAAGAGAAUGAGGCGGCAACAUCAGAAGCAGCUGAUGACUCUGGAAAAUAAGUUAAAGGCUGAGAUGGAUGAACAUCGCCUCAGAUUAGACAAAGAUCUUGAAACACAACGUAACAAUUUUGCUGCAGAAAUGGAGAAACUUAUCAAGAAACAUCAGGCCGCUAUGGAAAAAGAGGCUAAAGUGAUGGCCAAUGAAGAGAAAAAAUUUCAGCAACAUAUUCAGGCCCAACAGAAGAAAGAACUAAACAGCUUUUUGGAGUCCCAGAAAAGAGAAUAUAAACUUCGAAAAGAACAGCUUAAGGAGGAGCUGAAUGAAAAUCAGAGCACCCCCAAAAAAGAAAAACAGGAGUGGCUUUCAAAGCAGAAGGAGAAUAUACAGCAUUUCCAAGCAGAAGAGGAGGCUAAUCUUCUGCGGCGUCAGAGACAAUACCUAGAGUUGGAAUGCCGUCGCUUCAAGAGAAGAAUGUUACUUGGGCGCCAUAACUUAGAACAGGACCUUGUCAGGGAGGAGUUAAAUAAAAGACAGACUCAAAAGGACUUAGAGCACGCCAUGCUGCUGCGACAGCAUGAGUCCAUGCAAGAACUGGAGUUCCGCCACCUCAACACAAUUCAGAAGAUGCGUUGUGAGUUGAUCAGAUUGCAGCAUCAAACUGAGCUCACUAACCAGCUGGAAUAUAAUAAGCGAAGAGAACGAGAACUAAGGCGAAAGCAUGUCAUGGAGGUUCGACAACAGCCUAAGAGUCUGAAGUCUAAAGAACUCCAAAUAAAAAAGCAGUUUCAGGACACCUGCAAAAUCCAAACCAGACAGUACAAAGCAUUAAGAAAUCACCUACUGGAGACUACACCAAAGAGUGAGCACAAAGCUGUUCUGAAACGGCUCAAAGAGGAGCAGACCCGGAAGUUAGCCAUCUUGGCUGAACAGUAUGACCACAGCAUUAAUGAAAUGCUGUCUACCCAAGCUCUGCGUUUGGAUGAAGCACAGGAAGCAGAGUGCCAGGUUUUAAAGAUGCAGCUGCAGCAGGAACUGGAGCUGUUAAAUGCAUAUCAGAGCAAAAUCAAGAUGCAAGCUGAGGCACAACAUGAUCGAGAGCUUCGGGAACUUGAACAGAGGGUCUCCCUCCGCAGGGCCCUCUUAGAACAAAAGAUUGAAGAAGAAAUGUUGGCUUUGCAGAAUGAACGCACAGAACGAAUACGAAGCCUGCUGGAACGUCAAGCCAGAGAAAUUGAAGCCUUUGACUCUGAAAGCAUGAGACUAGGUUUUAGUAACAUGGUCCUUUCUAAUCUCUCCCCUGAGGCAUUCAGCCACAGCUACCCGGGAGCUUCUGGUUGGUCUCACAAUCCUACUGGGGGUCCAGGACCUCACUGGGGUCAUCCCAUGGGUGGCCCACCACAGGCUUGGGGCCAUCCAAUGCAAGGUGGACCCCAGCCGUGGGGUCACCCCUCAGGGCCAAUGCAAGGGGUACCUCGAGGUAGCAGUAUGGGAGUCCGCAAUAGCCCUCAGGCUCUAAGGCGGACAGCUUCUGGGGGACGGACGGAGCAGGGCAUGAGCAGAAGCACGAGUGUCACUUCACAAAUAUCCAAUGGGUCACACAUGUCUUAUACAUAACUUAAUAAUUGAGAGUGGCAAUUCCGCUGGAGCUGUCUGCCAAAAGAAACUGCCUACAGACAUCGUCACAGCAGCCUCCUCACUUGGGUACUACAGUGUGGAAGCUGAGUGCAUAUGGUAUAUUUUAUUCAUUUUUGUAAAGCGUUCUGUUUUGUGUUUACUAAUUGAGAUGUCAUAGUAUUUGGCUGCCGGGUUUUGUUUUUUUGUUUUUGUCUUUUAACUUUUGGAGAAAUUUUGAAAAGGGGAAUAGAUAUGUAUGUGUGUAUACAUAUACACACACACACACACACACACACACACACACACAUAUAUCUCAAGCAUGUGGUUACAAGAAAUUGGCUAGUUAGGGGGUAUUUUCUGAACACUGCAAAAAUAGAAUGCAGCAAUGUGUCUUGAGUUAUCACUUUGGGGCAAUUAUAUCCUAAGAAGGUCGUGAAAAAAUCUAAAGCCUUUCUCCAUACCCCAAAUUCUUAUAAGCCACUCACAGCAGGCAGCAUAUGCUGAAACAAGUUAUUAUGGAAACACAUCUGUGUCCCCUCACCAAUGUAUUUUCCUUAUUAAAUUGGUCUGACUUCUCAGCCUCAUUUGGAGUGAAGAAGAACGUGGAAAUCCAUGAACACUAAAGGGUUCCAUUGACUUUUUCAGAGAGUAGAAAGCAGUUCUUUUUCUGAAUGCUGCAUAGAUUUGUCAGUGAUUUUUUUUUUUUUUCCAUUCAAUUGUGCCUUUUUUGUGGCAUGGUGAGAUGGAGGUGUAAGGAGAUCACAAGUUGUGUGGGAAUUGCAUCGACAAACCUGUGAGCCUUUAAAGGGGAAGACCAGAAGGGUGAGAGAGGCCCCUGAAAGUUCAUAUGGUGGGUAUGUUAAGCAGCAUAGUGAGGAGAUGAAGCCUCUAUAUCCUGACAUUUUGUUGCUUAUACUGUGAUAUCUUAUCCUAGGUAAGCUCUAUAACUCCCAAGACCCCAAACAGUACUUUUACUUUGUACAAAAACAAAGAACAUAUAGCCAAUACAAAUCAAAUGCCAGAGAGUUUUGAAUGAUGCCAUAUUUGCAAACUGCCAUCUAUUGGAAUUGUCACCACACUACAUAGACAUAAUUUGAUUACCCCUUUUGGCUUAUGGGAUUUCCUGUUUACAAGUAGAAUAGCCAAUUAUUUAAAUGCUUAGUUGCCAUAGUGAACCAGGAGUCACUGAGCCAAUGACUUUACCAGCUGCUGACUAAUCCUCAUCACCACUGUAGAUUUUGCUGCAUGUGCAGGUCCUCUUUUUUUUUUCUUUUUUUAAAAUUGCUGUUUUUGUUGCUGCAAUACUUUACAAACUUCUAGUUCCUUGAGACUUAGUGACCAUUUGGCAUCAUGUUAACAUCACACAACAGGAAACACCACUUCCAGAAGUCUCUAGCCUCAGUGCUAAAGUACUACUGAAAAGGAACUAGCAAGUUUGGCAAAUUAAAAAAAAAAAAAGUAAAGUAUGUUAUAGUGGUCAGGGAAUCUCUUGACAAACGCUAACUUUUUUUUUUCCCACAGGGGCGUGUUUUGUUUUGUUUUGUUCUGUUUGGUUUUGCAAUGAAGGAUCAACCCAAUGCUGGAAGUUAGAUGUUACUUGGUAUUCCACUGUUAGUGUGGAAAUUGAGUUGAAGGUGGGUAGGAAGCUGUGAGUAUGACUUGAAGGAAAAAAACUUUCUUUUCAGUGAUAAAUCAGUUUCUUACAAGUUGUCUUGACCCCCUCCCUUGUCUUGAAGAACCCUUGCUGCUGACUCUGGAUCCUGCUUUUCGUAAUAGAGGACUCCAAGGUAGAAUUUUCUGAGUCCCUCUCAAUGAUACUCUUCACCUAGACCAGGCUAAUGACCAAACAGUAAUCUAUAAUUGUUGAAAUAUUGGCUUUCUCAACAAAAUUUAAGUCUUCCCCAGGUAUGUCAGUCUAAUCUCCAUGAAUCCUCCCCUUUAGGAGUUUCUGGCAUUCAUUUAAAGGUAACUAGAAGAAAAACUAAUAUUUUAAUGUAAAUCUUUUAAAAACCAAGAUCACAGUAGAAUUCACACACAGUUUUAGGCAGUGUUUCAGGUAGCACUCCGGUACAUUGUCCUCUUGGCCAUGCUUGAGGAGGUCACCAGUUUUAGGUGAAUGUGACAUGUACUUCUUGUCUGUCUAAUGAAAGGAGCUUUUAAUUUUCUAUCAUUUUGCAUUCACCUAUUAUACAGUAUUUCAAACAAAUUGAGAUAUUUACCUAUUUGGAGGAAAAUGUCAGGAGAGAGCUUUAGAAUUAAUGUCCAAAAAUAUAAUGAAUUUGAUACCUUUAAAAAAAUUCUUAUUAGAUCUGGCCCCUCUGUACUACUGGAGGGGUAGAAUAGGAGUGCAGCUCAGUUUUACUUACAAAACUCUUUAAAAUAAAAAAAUACUACCAAUAAUACAUGUUAAAAUCCACUUGUGGACUUCAAUUAGUCAGAUUGAGUUAUUGAGUUCAUGCAGAUCAUAUGUACUUGUAAAAUUGUGAUUGAAUACUGACUCCAAAUGUCUAUCCAGUAGGUCUUUGUAUCUGAUUUAAUUGUGUGGCAACCAGUUUUACAUGUAGGUCAUGACUAUACCUGGAUUAUUCCAUUAAGUUCAUUUUAAUUAAAAUAUAUAUAGUUUGCAAAAAUGGUUCAACUUAAUUGAUUUGUGUGUGUUUGCAAGAUCUAACUUCUGAGGAAUAUCAUACAUGGUAGGAAUUAUCAAAGAGUAAAGCUUGUAGCAGGAAAAUUUGAAAGGUUUUGAGAGAUUCUGAAGAAAGAAGCAGGCACUUUCUGAAUCAGUGUACAGACGUCAACAUUUGAUCAAAUUACUACUACCUCUUCCCCAUUGUUGGUGUUCACUUGAUAUAUAUGUGUUUAAGAAAAUUAAAAGUAUGGGAUAUUUGUCCAGCAUAUCAGAAAGUCGUAAAUGCUAUGUCUGGUAUCCAGAGCUUGGCAGUAAAAGUUUCUUGUGUUCACUGUCUCUCCCUUUUUUAAGUUAGCAUUAGAAAAAUGCAAAACCUCAUACCUUGAAAUAUAGUGUUCCUAAUGGGGUUCCCUUCCUUUUGCACAUAUUUUUCCCCUUAUUAAAGUCAGCUCUAACCCCGAAUUAAA